AAAACCCAAAAAGAAGAGGAGAGCAUCGACGCCAAAAACCACUUGCACUUUUGCAGAAUCUCUCAGCACCUGACACGAACUUUAACAUCAAAAUCCGUAAAAAAAAAAAAAGAAGGAAAUUAACACAAAGAGGAGGGAAACACCUGCACAAAUUAAAAUUUGAUCGUCGACGAUCAUCACAUAAUGUCGUUUUCCUUCUUCAAGCCGUCUCGGCCAAAAACGCCGCAAGAGGUGGUAAAAGCAGUGAAAGACAGCCUCCUGGCUCUCGAUACCCAAACUGUUGUUGAAGUUAAAGCUCUUGAGAAGGCAAUGGAAGAAGUUGAGAAAAAUCUUGCGGCAAUGAGAUGUAUGCUCUGUGGAGAUGGCGAGGUGGAACCAAAUCUGGAUCAAGUUUCACAGCUUGUGCUUGAAGUUUGUAAAGAGGAUGUUCUUGCUCUCGUGAUUCACAAACUCCCUAAUUUGGGUUGGGAAGCAAGAAAGGAUUUAGUCCAUUGUUGGUCCAUGUUCUUGAAGCAAAAGGUUGAUUCCAAAUAUUGCUCUGUAGAAUACAUAGAGAAUCAUUUUGAAUUACUAGACUUUCUUGUUGUGUGCUAUGAUAACAAGGAAAUUGCCUUGAACUGUGGACUUAUGUUAAGGGAGUGUAUCAAAUUUCCAACACUUGCAAAGUACAUAUUAGAGUCUGCAAGCUUUGUAUUGUUCUUCAAAUUUGUGGAGUUGCCAAACUUUGAUGUUGCUUCGGAUGCUUUCUCUACUUUCAAGGAUUUGCUUACUAAACAUAGUACUCUGGUUGCUGAAUUUCUCACUGCGCACUAUGAUGAGUUCUUUGAUCUGUAUGAAAAACUGUUGAUGUCUCCUAAUUAUGUGACGAGAAGGCAAUCACUGAAGCUUCUCUCGGAAUUCCUUUUGGAGGCUCAUAAUUCCCAUAUAAUGAAGCGCUAUGUUUUAGAAGUCCGCUACUUAAAAGUCAUGAUGACACUGCUGAAGGACUCAAGCAAAAACAUUCAGAUCUCAGCUUUCCACAUUUUCAAGGUUUUUGUAGCUAAUCCUAACAAGCCACGAGAAGUAAAAGUAAUUUUGGCAAAAAACAAUGAACGAUUGGUGGAACUACUUAAUAAUCUCUCUGUUGGAAAAGGUGAUGAGGAUGAGCAAUUUGAAGAGGAAAAGGAACUGAUAAUCAUGGAAAUUAAGAAAGUGUCACAGCAGCCAAUUUUGGAUAGCUAGGUCCUUCUUCAGUAGCUGCUUUUUCUUUUCUGUGAGAUCAUCUUGCAGUUCAUGCUAAUUCUAUGUGAUUACCUGCAAUCACGGUUUGCCAAUAAGUGGUUUUGGAGGAGUUUCAAGCACUAGUGGGAGAGAGAUGUAAUUUUAAUUUUUUGCACCGAAGUCAUACUUAGUAAAUGUUAAUCUUCAGUUUAAUGAGUCUUUUUUUAUUAUUAUUAUUAUUUUGAGUGGUCAAAGGCAUUGUAUUAUAUGGAGUUUGUUAUUCUUGCUUUUGAUCUUGUUUGU